UCUUCUGCUAGCAGACGCCAGGCAGACGUCAAGACCAAAAACCAAAAGCAAAAAAUUGCCUAAACAAACGAACCACAGUCCAAACUUACAGCACAGCUGACUUUUCUCGUCGACAGUUUUUUAACAGGACUGUGUCAGCUCAGUUGCAAGGGGAAAAUGUUGAAUAUAGCAUCCCUUACGUCUAUUAGAAGAGUUCUGGUUGGAAGAAGUAUCGUUCGGAAUCUUCUCAGGUAUAAUGCAUCACAGUCAGAUGCUCCUUCUUCAGGAGAUGCUUCUGAUGAUUCGUGCAAGGCAGCUAAUCUUGCCAAGAAACUACGUGUCAAGACUCCAAUCGGCAAGUUAGAUGAAUUAGAGGAAGGCAGACAUCCCUUUCAGGAGAAGGAACCUUUGACACCUUGGCCUGAUAACACCAAUCCGAACACAGGCGAAGUUGGCGGCCCUAAAGGACCAGAGCCCACACGAUAUGGAGACUGGGAAAGGAAAGGGCGAGUAUCAGACUUCUGAAACAGUGAUUCCAAACUAAUGUUACGUAAUGAUAAGGUGAACACAGAUAAAUGUUAGGGCAGUGCAGUAACUUUUGACUAUAUGUAACUUAGGGAUUACUGUGUUGACAAAUAUUUAUAAGCUAUUAUGUAAAAAAAAAAAUGAUGUUUAUUGCACAUUUUUGCUUCAUAGUCACUUAUGUGUUACAUAAAAUAAAAUUGAUUAUGUAAAGUGGUGGACCA